AUGGAUCAUUUUGGAAGUCCAUCGCAGUCGACAUCAGUGAUAACAUCACUAGGUGGUCAGACACCGAGCAGUGGCCAUGCUGUUGGCCCAGCAUCAAUACUUACUGGAUCAGGGCCCAGUUCUAUCUUAGGUUCAGCUGGUAUUAUCGGGGGUUCAUCAGUAACGCUUGGACCAGGAUCAAUAGUGAUGGGAAGUGCGAGUGGACCAACAUCUAAUCUGAGUAGUGUUGGCUGUGUUGGGCCUAGUUCAAUACUUGCAAAUGCUGGACCAAGCUCUGUACUUGGCGGUAGCAUGUUGGGGCAACAUGGCGGACCAGGGUCAGUGCUAAAUAGCCAAGGUGGUCCAGGCUCACUGCUGAGCUACAGCGGUGAACGAGGUGGACCUUCAAGUGUUAUAAAUGUUGGUGGAAAUCCUGGAUCAGUUUUCCAGGAUAUGAAUCCAUCUUCGGUAGGUCCAGGCAAUCUUGCAGUACCGAUGACGCCUCUUGCUGGUGACCAUUUUCAACCAGCAUCAAAUAUUCCUAUGGUUUCAACAAAUCCACCACAAACGCCUGGAUCGCAACUGAUUGAUAUCCCAUCGCCAGCGCUUCAAAAUAUAGUAUCUACUGUUAACUUAGGUGUGCCACUAGAUUUGAAAAAAAUAGCACUUCAUGCUAGAAAUGCAGAAUAUAAUCCAAAGCGUUUUGCCGCUGUUAUAAUGCGUAUUCGUGAACCUCGCACAACUGCUCUGAUAUUUUCAUCAGGGAAAAUGGUUUGUACAGGAGCAAAAUCUGAGGAAUCAAGCAGGCUUGCUGCACGAAAAUAUGCCAGGAUAGUACAAAAGCUCGGUUUCAAUGCAAAAUUUACUGAAUUCAAAGUUCAAAAUAUGGUUGGUUCAUGUGAUGUGCGCUUUCCCAUACAGUUGGAAGGCCUGUGUUUAACCCAUACUCAGUUCUCUACAUAUGAACCGGAACUCUUUCCUGGAUUGAUUUAUCGAAUGGUGAAACCGCGAGUUGUAUUACUCAUUUUUGUUAGUGGGAAGGUUGUUAUAACAGGUGCUAAAUAUAAAAAAGAUAUCGACGAUGCAUUCAAUCAAAUUUAUCCAAUUUUGAAGGGUUUCAAAAAAUAA